ACGAGCAUUUAGAAACGCGGGGAAGUAAUUUGUUGACACCUUUGUCUAUACUCGAAGAAAAAUUUUCAAAACUAAUAGAAAAUAAUGUCGAGUCCUGUGAGAUCGUCGGGAACAAAUAGAAGUCCUGCUAGAACGCCUAGAAGACAAAGCCAGGGAACUAGGUCUCCUGCCUUUGGUACACCCCGUACUGCUGCCCGUAAUGCAGUUGAAAAUAAUGUGGAAACCCCCUUGCGAUGGGGCACCAGUGGUGUACGAAGAAAUACAGAUCCUGAGAACCGAGCUGCUACAAUUCUUGCUUCUUCUGAACGUGAUAGUGCCGCUGGAUCUGGUGAUCGCCUCUUGGACAAUUCUGGACAAAUGGGAUCAGAAAAUGGUUUGCAAUUGUCAUCACCAGUAAAUUAUGGCACUCCAAGUUCAUUAGGAUCAAUUCGCACUCCAAGAAGUGGAAUUCGAGGCACGCCAAUGCGACAUAGACCAGACAUAAAUACUGACAAACGUUUGCGUCAAUUUUCAUUACAAGACCCAAUUCCAGAAAUACAGAAUGUUCCAAGAACAUCGGAGAGUGAUGCAGCUGGACCUCAGUUGGUUGUGUGGGGCACAAAUGUAGUUAUAAAUCAAUGCAAAGAGCAAUUCAAGUUGUUUUUUCAACAAUUUAUUGAUCCAGAUGCCGAGAAUGACGAAUUACCAGAAAACAUGAAUUUAACAGACCCUUUGUAUCUUCAGAAACUGGAAGAAAUACAUACCUUAGAGGAUCCAUAUUUAAAUGUCAAUUGUGCUCAUGUGAGAUCUUUUGAUGGGCACCUUUAUCAACAAUUAGUUUCGUAUCCACAAGAGGUGAUACCGACACUAGAUAUGGCAGCAAAUGAAUUGUUUUUUGAGAAAUUUCCAGCAGCUGUACUGGAACAUCAAAUUCAAGUGCGUCCUUUCAAUGUGGCUAAAACUAUAUCCAUGAGGGACUUGAAUCCCUGUGAUGUUGAUCAGUUAAUUACUAUACCAGGAAUGGUCACUAGAGUGUCAGGAUUGAUUCCGCAAAUGCGAGAAGCUUACUUUAAAUGUAGCGUUUGCGCAUUUACGACUCUUGUUGAAAUUGAGAAAGGAAAAACAAAAGAUCCUACAGUAUGUACAUCUUGUUCGCAUAAAUAUUCUUUUACUUUGAUACACAAUAUGAGUCAUUUUUCUGACAAACAAAUGAUCAAAUUACAAGAAGCUCCGGAUGAAAUGCCACAAGGACAAACUCCUCAUACUAUCACAUUGUUCGCCCAUAAUAAUUUAGUAGAUGCUGUUAUGCCUGGUGACAGGGUCUCUGUUACUGGAAUUUAUAGAGCGAGCACGCAUAAGGCUCGUUUCGAACAUAAUUUGCAAGCUGUUUACAAAACAUUUGUUGAUGUAGUUCACUUUAGAAAACAUGACUCAAAGAGACUACACGACCAAGAAGAUGGCAAGGAACAUAAUUUCGCACCAGAGAGAAUAGAACUUCUGAAAACGUUGUCACAAAAGAAGGAUGUGUAUGAACGAUUAGCAAGACAUAUUGCUCCUAGUAUAUAUGCAAAUAAUGAUGUAAAAAAGGGUAUUAUAUUACAAUUAUUUGGUGGAACUAGAAAGUCUUCGACGAUAUAUGGGAAACAUUUUCGACCUGAUAUUAACAUAUUACUCUGUGGUGAUCCUGGUACAAGUAAAUCGCAGUUACUGCAAUAUGUUUAUAAUUUGAUACCACGGUCUCAAUACACCAGCGGGAAAGGUUCCAGUGCUGUUGGUUUAACAGCUUAUGUAACGAAAGAUCCAGAAACUAAACAACUAAUAUUACAGACAGGAGCAUUGGGACUUGCAGAUAAUGGAAUAUGUUGUAUCGAUGAAUUUGACAAAAUGAGUGAGAGUGCAAGAUCGAUAUUACAUGAAGUAAUGGAACAACAGACUUUAAGUAUUGCUAAAGCUGGCAUUAUUUGUCAAUUGAAUGCUAGGACCAGUAUACUUGCUGCAGCUAAUCCAUGUGAAUCUCAAUGGAACAAAAAUAAAACUGUGAUCGAAAAUGUAAAAUUACCCCACACUUUACUUUCUCGCUUUGAUUUGAUAUUUUUAAUGUUGGAUCCACAAAACGAUGCAUAUGACAGCAAACUUGCAACUCAUAUGGUGUCCUUGUAUUAUAAAACACAAGAAGAAGAUGAAGAUGAGCAAUUAAAUAGAAGCAUCGUUCGCGACUAUAUAGUAUUUGCAAAGGAGCAUAUACAUCCUGUUCUCAAUGAGGAAAGUCAACAGAGACUAAUACAAGCUUACGUUGAUAUGAGAAGAGUUGGAAGAGGACGUGGACAAAUAACAGCAUACCCUAGACAAUUAGAAUCUCUGAUAAGAUUGUCCGAAGCACAUGCUAAAUUACGGUUUAGUCCUAUAGUAGAAUUGCUAGAUGUUGAAGAAGCUUGGAGAUUACAUAGAGAAGCAUUGAAGCAAUCGGCUAUGGAUCCACUGAGUGGUAAAAUAGAUAUUACUAUUUUAACUACUGGUAUAUCUUCAAUCGCUAGAAAAAAGAAAAAGGAAUUAUGCGAUGCGCUUCAAAAACUUAUUGAAAACAAGGGCAAAGGUCACAUACUCAAUCAACAAAAGCUUCUUGCUGAAAUUAGGCAGUCAUCUGAAUUGAUGAUUACUAGAGACAUGUUCGAAGAUGCUUUACGGGAGUUACAAGACAACGGAGUAGUAACUAUAAUUGGAAAAAGCAGUAUUCGCAUUUCAUAA